UGAGUCCGUGAGAGCCUUCCAGAAGGAAAAGAGAGCACCUUGCAGCUUCCGGGCAGCACAUGGCUGAGGUUCCGUAAUGGAGCAAACCUGAAUUCCUCUGAUCGUCCCUAGACACCAACUCGGAAGCCCACCAGUUGUUCCUGCUGCCCAGGGCAGAGCAGCUGGUCAUCCUCACAAUGGUGGACUUUCUGGCUGACAACAACCUCUGUGGGCAGGCCAUCCUGAGGAUUGUCUCCUGCGGCAAUGCCAUCAUUGCUGAACUCCUGAGGCUCUCCGAGUUUAUUCCUGCUGUGUUCAGGCUGAAAGAUCGAGCUGAUCAACAGAAAUAUGGAGAGAUCAUCUUUGAUUUCAGCUAUUUUAAGGGUCCAGAGUUAUGGGAAAGCAAACUGGAAGCUAAGCCAGAGCUCCAGGAUACAGAUGAAGAAUUUCGUGAAAACAACAUAGAAAUUGUCACCAGAUUUUAUCUGGCAUUUCAAAGUGUGCAUAAAUACAUUGUAGACUUAAACAGAUAUCUGGAUGAUCUCAACGAAGGUGUGUACAUUCAGCAAACCAUAGAGACUGUGCUUCUCAAUGAAGAUGGAAAGCAACUUCUGUGUGAAGCGCUGUACUUAUAUGGAGUGAUGCUGCUGGUCAUCGACCAGAAGAUUGAAGGGGAAGUCCGAGAGAGAAUGCUGGUUUCCUACUAUCGAUACAGCGCUGCUCGCUCUUCUGCUGAUUCAAAUAUGGAUGAUAUUUGUAAGCUGCUUCGAAGUACAGGUUAUUCCAGCCAACCGGGUGCCAAAAGACCGCCCAGCUAUCCCGAGAGCUAUUUCCAGAGAGUGCCUAUCAAUGAAUCCUUCGUCAGUAUGGUCAUUGGUCGACUGAGAUCUGAUGAUAUUUACAACCAGGUCUCGGCAUACCCCCUGCCAGAGCACCGCAGCACUGCCUUGGCCACACAAGCCGCCAUGCUCUACGUGGUCCUCUACUUCGAGCCUGCCAUUCUCCACACCCAGCAGGCAAAAAUGCGCGAGAUUGUGGACAAGUACUUUCCAGAUAACUGGGUCAUUAGUAUUUACAUGGGGAUCACAGUUAACCUAGCAGACGCUUGGGAACCUUACAAAGCUGCAAAAACGGCUUUGAACAAUACCCUGGACCUUACGAAUGUCAAAGAACAGGCAAGCAGAUACGCCGCCGUCAGCGAUCGAGUGCAUGCCCAAGUACAGCAGUUUCUGAAGGAAGGUUACUUGAGGGAGGAGAUGGUUCUGGACAAUAUCCCGCGGCUUCUGAACUGUCUGAGAGACUGCAACGUGGCCAUCCGCUGGCUCAUGCUGCACACGGCGGACGCUGCAUGCGACCCAAACAACAAACGCCUGCGUCAGAUCAAGGACCAGAUUCUGACCGACUCUCGGCACAACCCCAGGAUCCUUUUCCAGCUGCUCUUGGACACGGCACAGUUUGAGUUUAUACUCAAAGAGAUGUUCAAACAAAUGCUUUCUGAAAAGCAAGCCAAGUGGGAGCUCUACAGGAAGGAGGGUUCCGAGCGGAUGACCGAGCUUGCCGAGGUCUUUUCGGGAGUGAAGCCCCUCACCAGAGUGGAGAAAAACGAAAACCUUCAAGCUUGGUUCAGAGAGAUCUCAAAGCAGAUAUUGUCUUUAAAUUAUGAUGAUUCCACUGCUGCAGGCAGAAAAACUGUGCAGCUGAUACAAGCUUUGGAGGAGGUUCAAGAAUUUCACCAGCUGGAAUCAAAUCUGCAAGUCUGCCAGUUUCUUGCUGAUACGCGCAAGUUUCUGCAUCAGAUGAUCAGAACCAUCAACAUUAAAGAGGAGGUCCUGAUCACCAUGCAGAUCGUCGGGGACCUUUCUUUUGCGUGGCAGUUGAUUGACAGUUUCACAGCCAUCAUGCAAGAGAGCAUAAGAGUCAACCCUUCCAUGGUUACCAAACUCAGAGCUACAUUCCUGAAGCUGGCAUCUGCCCUCGACCUGCCCCUUCUACGUAUUAAUCAGGCGAAUAGCCCCGACCUUCUCAGCGUGUCUCAGUAUUACUCUGGCGAGUUGGUGUCCUACGUGAGAAAGGUUCUGCAGAUCAUUCCUGAAAGCAUGUUCACGUCUCUCCUGAAGAUCAUAAAGCUUCAGACCCACGACCUCGUCGAAGUGCCCACCCGCCUGGACAAAGACAAGCUGAGGGAGUACGCCCAACUGGGGCCGCGGUACGAGGUUGCCAAGCUGACGCAUGCUAUUUCGAUUUUUACUGAAGGCAUCUUAAUGAUGAAAACGACUCUGGUUGGCAUCAUCGAGGUGGACCCAAAGCAGCUGCUGGAAGAUGGGAUAAGGAAGGAGCUCGUGAAGCGAGUGGCUUUGGCCCUUCACAGGGGACUGAUAUUCAGCCCUCGAGCCAAGUCAAGCGAGUUGAUGCCCAAGCUGAAAGAGCUGGGCGCCACCAUGGACGGGUUCCAUCGCUCCUUUGAGUACAUUCAGGACUACGUGAGCAUCUACGGCCUGAAGAUCUGGCAGGAGGAAGUAUCUCGAAUCAUAAAUUACAACGUGGAGCAGGAGUGCAACAACUUCCUGAGAACCAAGAUUCAGGACUGGCAGAGCAUGUACCAGUCUGCACAUAUUCCAAUACCCAAGUUCGCCCCCGUGGACGAGUCCGUCACGUUUAUUGGUCGACUCUGCAGAGAAAUCUUGCGGAUCACAGACCCAAGGAUGACGUGCCACAUCGACCAGCUGAACACUUGGUACGACCUGAAGACGCACCAGGAGGUGACCAGCAGCCGCCUCUUCUCCGAAAUCCAGACCACGCUGGGCACCUUCGGGCUGAACGGGCUGGACCGGCUUCUGUGCUUCAUGAUCGUGAAGGAGCUGCAGAAUUUCCUCAGUAUGUUCCAGAAAAUGAUCCUGAGAGACAGGACUGUUCAGGAGACUCUGAAAACCCUCAUGAAUGCCGUCAGCCCCCUAAAGAGUAUUGUAGCAAAUUCAAAUAAAAUUUAUUUCUCCGCCAUUGCCAAAACCCAGAAGAUUUGGACGGCGUAUCUCGAGGCUAUAAUGAAGGUCGGGCAGAUGCAGAUCCUGAGACAGCAGAUUGCCAACGAGCUGAACUACUCCUGCCAGUUUGACUCUAAACACCUGGCCGCUGCUCUGCAGAACCUCAACAAGGCUCUCCUGGCAGACAUCGAAGCCCACUAUCAGGACCCCUCGCUGCCGUACCCCAAGGAAGACAACACACUCCUGUACGAGAUCACUGCCUAUCUGGAGGCAGCCGGCAUUCACAACCCGCUGAACAAGAUCUACAUCACCACAAAGCGCCUGCCCUACUUCCCGGUCGUCAACUUCCUGUUUCUGAUCGCGCAGUUGCCAAAACUUCAGUACAGCAAAAACCUAGGUGUGUAUGACUUUUCCUCCCUGCAGAACGGCCACCCGGGGCCACCGGGAGCUGGCCGUGCUCGGGGUUCCAGCCAGCCAGGUGAGGCCAGCGAGGAGUCUGCGGACCAGGCCUCCUUCCUCCCCAGGCCCCAAGCAGAGCCAACCAAACCCGGUCACGCGCCGAGCGGAGCCACCGCUUUCCGGUGCAGAAAGGCAGCGGGUCCCGCCGUGGUGGCCCGUGCACACGCGUGGCGAAGUCCAGCCUCAUCCCUCGGGUGUCUGAGCAGGGUGGGCCGCGGGCGCGCCCUCUGCCUGCGUCUCGGUCCUCGACCGAGGGAGGCCGUCCCUGACCGGGCUGUUUGUUCCAGCCAGAAGAUUCCCGAGAUCCCCGCAGACGUGGUGGGGGCCCUUCUGUUCCUGGAGGACUACGUUCGGUACACGAAGCUCCCCAGGAGGGUUGCUGAAGCACACGUGCCUAAUUUCAUUUUUGACGAGUUCAGAACAGUCCUGUGACGUUUUUCCUGCUGCUUUAAUGGAGGAGUUG